GGUGGUCAGAUUCGUAUCAAACGCCAAGGAAACGCAGACUUUGCUUCCUUCCGCAGCCGUCAACCUUCUUCCCACUGAACCCUUCUCUUAGCUUCAUCUCCAAGAAAAUCAUAGCAAUCCACCUUAUUCAUCGUCUUUGGAUGGAGCAUAUCAUAUUUAUGGGUUUUCUUGAUCUCAUCCUCAUCUAGACAGAUUAUCAAACACUUGGUGUGCGCCAUUCUUUUACAAGAAAGAACAAAUAACCAGAUCGGGACGGAAGAGCAAUGGUUCUCCCGCUAUUGAAGCUUGGAACGCUCGCAUUAAAAACUUUAAGCAAACCCAUUGCCAGCAGGCUCAAACAACAAGCUGCCCUUCACCCCAAGUUUCGAACAUCGAUAAUUAGUUUCGCGCAGGCAAACCACCGGCUAACAACAACAAUACAAAGGCGAAUUUAUGGACAUGCAACAGAUGUUGAAAUUCGGCCCUUGAAUGAGGAGAAAGCCGUGCAGGCAGCUGGGGACCUUAUUAGCGAACUCUUUGUUUUCGCGGUUGCAGGAGCCGCCCUUGUUUUUGAGGUGCAAAGAAGUUCUAGAUCAGAAGCCAAAAAGGAGGAACUCCGCAGACAAGAAAUGGAGGUUAUGAAACAACGAGACGAAGAUUUAGCAGAAGAGGUCGAAUGUCUGAAGCAAAAACUUCAAGAACUUGAGCAGCUUGCUAAAGGAAAAGGGCUUGCAGGUGUUUUCAACUUCAAAAAUAUUCAAACCCAAACUGCUAAUUCAACCAAUCCAGCUUGAUCUGACCCUACUAAUGCUUUUCACUACAAGCAAAUCCAAUCAUAGAUGCUAUUAGAUAUAUCUAGUGCACUUCAUGGGGUAUUGAUUGAUUAAGAUCUUUAGAUGGAAACCUUCAUUCUUGAUUACCAUCUUGUGCUGAUACUAUUCAUUAUGGCACCCAAGUCCUUAACUGUUCCAUUCCCAAAUAAAGGGUUGAUCAGUCAUUUCAUGUAGCAGGCCAAAACAGAAGUUUGGCGGUUUAUACGUGCUUGAGACAGCCAUUAACCAUUUACCAGAUUUUGGGUAAUGAUUCCUUUAUGUACUUGAUACAAUUUUAUUUACUAUACGGAGUAACGGAUAUAAGAUGAAACUAUCGUUAUCGGGUGUAUAGGUGGGAUAUCUUGAGUGCAUAAUGUUUAUGCUCAUAUGAAUAUGAUCUGAUCUUUUGAGAAAGAACGAAUAUUUGGGCACAAGAUGCUUGUUGUUUUUU